CACUGCUGAGCCGAGAGGUCCGGUCGCGGCGCGGUCAUGCUCCGGGUCCCCCUGUGUACGCUGCUCCCUCUCCUGGCACUGCUGCCGCUGCUGGGCGCUGCGCGCGGUGUCUAUGCGGUGCUGACCUGGAAGUCUCUCUCAGUGGAGGCCACUGUCCUCUCACAGGAAGUCACUUGUCCCCUCCCCUGAGUCCACCGGCACUGAGCUGAGAGAAUGGCGCUCUUCAGACAGCUGUCUCUGGGCUCCAAGGCUGCCCUGGCUGCAGCCACAGUCUUCGUGUCCAUGAUCCUCUCCCGCUCCUUUCUGGCCGGAACCCUUGAGCUGCAGGCCUGGCGUUGGCUGUUCCGCCUGCAGCUGGUCCUGUUUGUGAACUCGAUCAUGCUCAUUGGUUCCUCGUACAUCUGGCGGAGCACCGUGAGCAACCUCAGCCAUUCCCCUGCUGUGGAAUCUCCCUGUUUCCAGUUCUGGAAGCUGGUGGUCAUUACAUUUCUGGCCCUGGCACAUUCCAGCUUCUUCACCAUGCUCUUCUUGGUGGCGGAGGAACCCUACGUGUUUUCCUUAGUGGCCUACUCCUGCCUGGGUGCCUACAUCAUCAUGGUUUUCUUCCUUUGUAUCUUGAAUGCCAUGGAGCAGGCCUACCAGUUCUUAGCCUGGCGCAAUGGUAGGGUGGUGGGCAGCCUCGACAAGACGAGGCACCUGGUGCUCAGGCCUGCGCUGGCGGUCGCGGUGACGGCAGUGCUCAGUACCAUUGGCCUUCUGAAUGCUGCCCAGCCCCCUGUGGUGAAAACCGUGGAGGUACCCAUCCAUCAGCUGCCCCCCUCCAUGAACAACCUCAAGAUUGUGCUCCUUUCAGACAUUCACUUGGGGCCCACAGUGGGGAGGACCAAGAUGGAGAUGUUUGUGAGGAUGGUGAACAGGUUAGAACCAGACAUCACGGUCAUUGUGGGCGACCUCUCCGACUCAGAGGCCUCUGUCUUGCGGACCGCAGUCGCUCCUUUAGGCCAGCUCCAUUCCCGUCUUGGCACCUACUUCGUCACAGGUAAUCAUGAGUACUACACAUCGGACGUCAGCAACUGGUUCGCACUGCUGGAGUCCUUGCAUGUCCGGCCCCUCCAUAAUGAGAAUGUGAAGAUUUCUGCCCCCGGGGACCCGGACGGUGGGGGGAGAGGUAAAGAAUGGGUCUGCUUGGCGGGCGUGGAUGACAUAGAAGCAAGCGCCCUUCACUACUCUGGGCAUGGUAUGGACCUUGACAAGGCUUUGGAGAGCUGCAGCCCAGACGAUGCCACCAUCUUACUGGCUCAUCAGCCUCUGGCCGCCAAGAGAGCCCUCCAGGCUCGGCCAGAUAUAAACUUGAUCCUUUCCGGACACACUCAUGCAGGGCAGAUCUUCCCCUGGAAUGUUGGGGCCUAUCUCCUGAACCCUUUCUUCGCUGGACUCUACCAAGUCGGCAAGACUACGUUUGUGUACGUUAGCCCGGGUACAGCCUACUAUGGGAUACCCAUGAGGUUAGGGAGCAGGGCAGAAAUCACAGAACUCAUCCUGUGGCGGGCUUCAUAAACCUGCCCCGUGGCCCUACCCUGCCUUGCCCUGGCCUGGCCUCUGACCUUCCUCCAUCUCCUGCUCCAUCCCAACCUUGCCAGCAAGCACCCCUUUGGCCACAGCCUGCUGGGAACAAUGUUUUGCCGUGGGGCUGGCUGGCAAGUUCAGGCAGGCUUAACUUCUCAGAUCAUCCGUUGCUUUUUUUGGACCUGUGGGUCCACUUGGCCACAUAAGUGCGAGCACACAUUUGUUUUCCAGCCGCUGUAGUGAUGGGGUCCUUGCAGGGUGUGGGAUGGCGGGAAAGGGCACUUCUUGACCAAACUCAGGGAGAGGCAGGAGCGCUGUGGGUUUAGCCCUGGUUAGGGCUUAGGUGGGCCUCUGGGGUUGUCUGAUUAGAGAUGUUAGGUUUGGGCCAUCCCUUUCCUCCUUGUCAAUCAAGGUCACCUUUAUUGAGGACAUCAGCAAACCCCAUCGGAUUCAUGGGGCCCUUCCUGUCUGCACCUUGAAGGAUGCUGAUUACUAUACUGAGUGGCUGGAGACGAAAUCCUGGGGACUGUGGUUGGGGAUGACUGCCGUCCCUUAAGGACUUGACAGCUCUGAGUCCCUGUUCUGUGUAGUCUUUGGGUGAGAUAAUUAAGGACACUGUGUUUGGGGGUGAGGAAGGACACUGGAUGUAAUGAGCUAUCUUUAAAGACGGAGUGACAAAUACUUCUGUAGAUGGUGCUUGACUUCAGGUUCUAACUCAGUGUGCGAAGGGGAGCUACAUCCUUCUAAAAGCUCAUUCUGCAGCCUGAUGGUUCAGUAUCUUUGGAGGUUACAGUGAGCACGGGAUUCUAUGUGCAGAUAGACAAGCCCCCUAGCGUCCCAUGUUCCCUUCAAAGGGCUUGUAUGAGGCAGGCUACAGUUCACUCGUAGCUAGGUGAGGGGAGGCCUCUAAGAGAGUGGCUCAUUGCAGGAGUUCACCUGUUAAUAGUGAGUUUGGAGAUUGGCACCUCCUUCCCAUCCCGUCAGGUUUGGGUCUGAGAUUUUGGGGAGAAGCUGAGGUUUCUUGUCUACACGUAGGAAAGUUGAAGCUGCCACGAGUAUGACCCAGCUCUGUCCCUGCAGGUUGCCCCAGGCCCUGGCUGUGGAAAGACAGGACCGUCUUACCUGCUUGGGGGGAUUCUAACCCAUCUACCUUGGCCUCUGGCCUCAGAAGCAUAGGAUCAUUUCAUAGGGCUUCUAGACCCACAAGAAAAACAAAAGGAGCUAUUUUGUGCAGUGCCAGCAGAUUUGUUGGUCUAGCCUUUGCCAGGGGCAAGAGAGACCUUGCCCAUUUCAUAGCAGAGAACUAGCUGGUCCUGGGAGAAGGCUCUACUGAGCUGUGUUUAAGAACAUCUGGGUAGGUGAGAGGCCUCUGUCUGGAGCGGGGCUUCCUGCGGCUUGUGAGAGAGGGUUGAAGCCUGGCAGUGACUGGUCCCCCUAGAUUCUUAGCUUCCAUCAUCCGGGAAAUGGUUGUACUUCUUGUAUCUACCUCAAGGCUGCUCUGCUGAGGGUGCUGAGCCCAUACCCACAGUGAGCACGCAGUGUAAUGUUAAUGUGCCAAUCUGUGCACCUGCUAAGGAACAUGGCCAAGCAUAAGCGCCUAGAGCCAACCCAGCGGGCUGUCAGUGGGGGGGGGUGUGGCGUGCUGCCCUCCAGCACAGCCCAGAUGUCCCUGUGACACCAAGAGCCACCUUCCUGGCCAGUGCCUGAGUUUCCUGUGCACACUCGGCUUCUGUAAAUGGGGGACUCUUCGCCUUUUCGUCCUUCUGGGUGAUGAUGUCUCGUGUGUGCAGGAGGCGGCUGGCUCAUUCUUGUCUCCCAGUAUGUAGGGUAUUGGCAGGGGACCAUCUGGUCUCUAAAUAAGUAAAUAAAGCAAGCAAGCGGGCAUACCUGUAAUU